AUGCCUUCAUCUUCCGCCUCACUCGAGAAACGCCCUUCCAUGACUUCAGUUUUUUCACAGGCACCGAUCUCUACGCUGACACAUGAGGAAGAAUGCAUGCUGAAGACUGCUUUGGCCAUGGUCGUAGUCAAGCAACGAAAAAAGGCUGGUCAGUUUCAACAAGUGAUGGAUGCUCAGAAAAAGGCUCGCAUUGCCAAUGAAGGACAACGAAAAGGCUUGUUGGAUCGCUUGUUCGUUCAUAAAUCUCCUUCGAAUCGAUCCUCGUUGCUACUCUUGUCACACCGUCAACACUUGGAUCGCAUUUUUCAAGCAGCACUGAAUAUGAGCUCCAAUACGCUGCACCAUUCGUCAUCACCCGGACAAGACUCCAUAAUCCAUAUUUUGAACGGUACCUGCAGCCACCUGGCAUCGCAACUGCAAACCUGGUUACAAGAAGAAGAAGAAGAAGAAGAAGAAAAAAGGGCAAAGACAGCGGCGGUGGCAGCAGAACAAGAGGAGCACGUAGACGACAAUCGCCCUCAAAAUGGAAAAGGCUCCUCGUCCAGCAACGAACAAGAAUUGCGCUUGACCCAUCGAUGUGUUCAAUACCUGUCUCCAGCCGACAUACAUUCGAUUCUUCACAACUCUUCGGCCCUCGCCCACUUGCUACUCCCAUUUGAAACAUCAUCUGGGAAUCAAACAACUCCAUCUCUGGUUCAGACAUUUUGGGAAAUGUCGACUUUGCCUUCUGCAACCUCAACGGCCGGAAUCGUCCCGUUUCCUCGGACGACCAACAACACGUGGAAAGCACCCGCACGAUUGGGAACUGGAGCGAAAAUGCUCUUGCGAUUGGGAUUGUAUCGCCUGUUGUUCUACAACAUUUUGCCACCAGAACAAGCGUAUCAUCGUAAUGACGGAUCCAUGGUGAUGGGGCAUUAG